GGUAGAUCGCAUAGCACGGUCCUCACUUCAGUCCAUGCUUCUGUAAAAGCAAAAGAUGCCUGAAAAUAUAUAUUGCAAUACUAUUUCGAGGACCAAGACAAGAUCAACAAGUAAUUAUGAACAUAAACAGCAGUUCAGCGAUAAGCGACCUGAUGGCUGUGUUGUGGUUCUCCUUGUUCUCCUCUUCCUGUCUCUGGUGGCAAAUGCGGUGCUUGCAUAUUUGUAUUUCAGGAAUGGCAUAGUUGGUUGUGAGCCCGUAACAAACUGCUCAGAGCCAGGUACUGUAGACAGCCACAAUAGUGCGCAUAGAGACAAUAUACACGAUGAAUUGAACAUGUGGAUCCAUCCCGAGGGUAUCGAAGACUGGACAACAGCAAAUUACUGUCCAGAAAAAAAUUUCAUUGAGACGUGGGUGAAAGACAGGGACAAAUUCUAUGUUUUAUCCAAUGAUAUAAUGAACUGGAACAGCAGCAGGGAGCGCUGUCAGGCUCUGGGUGGAGAUCUAGUGAUCAUCAGUAGUAAAGAGGAGCAGAGUUUUUUUGCUGACCGAAUAGGCGCUAGCCAAGUAUUAUAUUGGAUUGGUCUGACCGAUAGCCACAUGGAGGGAAAGUGGAUGUGGGUAGACAACACCUCAUUAAAUGAAAAUCCUGGUUCCUUUUGGACAGCCCCUCCUGAUAAUUUUAUAUCAGCUGAAUAUCCUGACGGUGAAGAUUGUGUUGUGUUAAACGGGAGGACCAAAGAUGCAUUAUGGGGGGACGUUUCUUGCUUCAGGGAGGAAAGAAGAAUUUGUGAACUUCUCUGUUCUUAGGAAAUAUUUGAAAUAAGUAUCUGUGUGACUGAUUUUUAUGUGAUUUCACUGUACAGUAUUGCUAAAUCAAAUUAUGGAAUAUUUGUCUGUCAUUUAAAUACUGAAGAAAUAUUAAGUUUUUAUUAAAAUUUGAUAGAUUUUAAUAGGAUGGGCAGUCCAAUGUUUAAGUGUUUUUUUAACUCCUAGAUUCACAAAUACAUUCAUACAAGAAAUGGCGUUUAAUUUAUAUGUGAGUUAUUAUUACAUAUUGGUGACUUAGUAUGGAUGUGUGAAAAACUAAAGUGGAAACAGAAUAAAAACUGUUUUGCUUUGUUACA